ACACCCACCCCGGACACUUCUUGGCUCCGGUCCCGAGGCCCCCGGAAGUUACUAUGUGGUGGCCGCGCUGCCGCCUGCCUGCAGUUCGCGUGGUGGCUGCCAGGAUGAGCGAGGCGGCCGGCGGCGAUAAACGGAAAGAACCGGAGGAGGAGCCGGGAGUCGGGCUCCAAGAUAACGGGCAGCCCCCGACGAAAAAGCCGCGGAGCAAGAAGGGCAAGAACGGCCGGGCGGGCGAGCGCUAUGUGCCCCCGCCCGGCAAGAAGAAUCUGGGCAUCAGCUUCAGUCAUCAGCACUUCAGCGAGACGGAGUAUUACUUCGAGCAUGGACUGAGGAAGGUCCUUCCCUACUACUUUGACUUCCAGACCUACUGUAAGGGCCGCUGGGUGGGGAAGACCCUGCGCGACGUCUUCAGUACGGAGUUCCGGGUGGAGCCCAUCGAGUACUACACACAGGCAGCCAGAGCAGGCAGAAUCCGGCUCAAUGAGCAGCCCGCCGACCUCAACACCGUCCUAAAGAACAAUGACUUCAUGCGGAACACGGUGCACAGGCACGAACCGCCGGUUACUGCCCAGCCGAUCGUGAUCCUGAGCCAGAACCAGGAGCUGGUGGUAGUAGAUAAGCCGGCUUCCAUUCCCGUCCACCCCUGCGGCCGGUUCCGACACAACACUGUCAUCUUCAUCCUGGGCAAGGAGUACAACCUGACUGAGCUUCACACAAUCCACCGGCUGGACCGCCUCACCUCCGGCGUCCUCAUGUUCGCUCGGACGUUGGAGGUCUCCAAGAAAAUAGACCAGCAAGUCCGAGAGAGACAGGUGCAGAAGGAGUACGUGUGCCGGGUGGAGGGGGAGUUCCCUGACGGUGACGUGUGGUGCGAGGAGCCCAUCCUGGUGGUCUCCUACAAGGUGGGUGUGUGCCGGGUGCACCCCGCCGGGAAGCCCUGCCGGACCAUCUUCCGGAGGCUGAGCUACAACGGGCGCUCCAGCAUGGUGCGCUGCCUGCCGUACACCGGCCGCACCCACCAGAUCCGCGUCCACCUGCAGUACCUGGGCCACCCCAUCAUCAACGACCCCGUGUACAACACCGAGGCCUGGGGCCCCCACCGGGCCAAGGGCGGCAAGCUGGACAAGACAGACGAGGAGCUGCUGAGGGACCUGGUGGAGGUUCACCGACUGCGAGAGAGCCUCGACCUCGUGGGUCUCCCGGACGGAGAGCGGUCCAGCGCUGGUGAGGGGGGGGAGAGCCCCCUGCGGCCGCCGGGUAACCAGGCAGAGAGCCCCGCUGGCGAGGAAGGGGAGAGCUCCCUGCCACUGCCGGGUAACCGGGCGGAGAACCCCGCCGGCAAGGAAGGGGAGAGCUCCCUGCGGCCGCCGGGUAACCAGGCGGAGAACCCCGCCGGCAAGGGAGGAGGUGCCACAGGGCGGCCGGAGGUGGUGAAAGACGAUCUGUGCAGCGAGUGUCGACUGGUCAGGAGGGAUCCUGCUCCCGGGGACCUGGUCAUGUAUCUGCAUGCACUGCGGUACACGGGGCCGGACUGGGAGUACUCCUCCCCACUCCCCGCCUGGGCUGCUGCAGACUGGGACCAGAUCUGAGCGGUUGGCUGCAGUAUCAGCCCACUGGCAGUGCCUGCAUCAAAUGCACGGGUGUGCAUAUCUGCAAAUGCACACUCACGGGAGCGUUGCACACAGGUGUCGGGUUGUCUUGUAUGAGCGGCUGCUUAAAGACGGCUUCCCCUGCACUCUGAGUGCUUGUUUUGUGGCCGUGCUCCCUCUGUGGCUGACUGCGUCCUACCGUGGCCUGCAGCUUGUCAUCCUGUGACGAAGGAGCCGCAAAAGCCCCAAGGUCGGUGGUCUGGGUGAGAGGUACCCGUGCACAGGAGUCGGGCCCAGGGCAGGAUUGGGCCCCCAAUAGUGAUGCAUUCUGCAGUUGAAAAGCUCGUCCACUGGACUGGGAACUUGCGGAGUGGAGCCAGCCAGCAUCCUACAUCCCUCCCUCAAUGAUGGGAGCGGGGGAUGAGGAGCACAACACUUUCUCCAAUCAUUCCUGCAGCUUUACUGUGGUCUGGUGGACUCCCCUCUGUAACUGACACGACAUCAAUGAUGCUUCUUAGCUGCUGAGACUGAUAGUUCAACAGCAUUUUGUGUUUUUUAACGCUAUAGUUCAACAGCAUUUUGUGUUUUUUAACGCUAUAGUUCAACAGCAUUUUGUGUUUUUUAACGCUACUCCUGCUUGUUUUUGGAGUUUGUACACUAUGCACAAUCGGAUAAGGUAAAAUACAGCAAUGCCAAGAAUA